AUGCCCGACACAAAAUGUUGUUAUCGUUACCCCUGCUGCACACACGAAAAAAGAGGCUUAAAAAAGUUAAAGGACUUGCUUUUCUGGGGAGGUGUCUACAGGCAUUCAGAAUGGUCCAGCGUGACAUCCCGUCGGAGGCUGUCCUGCAAUACAGCCUCUAACGGAACUAGGUUGUGCCGAACCCCUGGUAAUAGAGUUGUUCGCCUUUAUACUAAGAAGGUUGGGAAAGCACCAAAAUCUGCAUGUGGUGUGUGCCCAGGCCAACUUCGCGGAGUUCGUGCUGUGAGACCUAAAGUUCUAACGAGCUUGUCUAAAACGAAAACACAUGUCAGCAGGGCCUAUGCUGGAUCCAUGUGUGCUAAAUGUGUCCGUGACAGGGUCAAGCGGGAUUUCCUUAUCGAGGGGCAGAAAAUCGUCGUGAAAAUGUUGAAGGCACAAGCACAGAGUCAGAAAGCUAAAUAA